AUGGCGGAAAGACAAGCUGCUCUGAUCCCCAGCAGCCAGAUCCCCAAAGACACCCAGAAGCCAGGGACCUGCUUUUACCUGGGCAAAACCCAACAUUUUGUCAUUUCCUACCAAAAACGGGGCGGACCGGGAGGGGGUGCCACCGGUCACCCCGAAACCGCCGGAGCGCAAACACCAGCGCGCACAGGACGCGCCGGGUCCCCGGGGAUGGGCGGGCUUGGGAGAGCGCUAGAGCCGCAGAGAGCCCAGGUCACCCCGCCGUCCGCCCGAGGCCAGCGACCCCGUCCGCGCCCGUCCCUCCUCGGCCCCCCGGUGCCACUGUCCGGACCGGGGCCGCUCCCGCGCCCCCAGCUCUGGUACCCGAUCUGGGCCCGGCUCGAGUUUGCAGAAUUCGCGGAGGCCGCGGCGGAGCCCGCUCUCGCCCGAGUCGGGUCCGGUAUGUCCCCCUCGGGUCGCGGGCGCCGCUUCGUCCCCCGCUCCUUCCUCUUACCCGGGAUCCGGCAGAGGCGACGCGGACGGACCGGGCGGCUGCAGGUCCCGGCUUCUGACCGCGGCCGCCCGGACCUCCAUGAAAGCGCCCGGUGCGGCCCCAAGCGCCUCGGCCGACGCCUGCCGACUCCGGGACUCCGGGCGCCACACUCCUUCACCCGGAUGUUCCAGAGCCCUCUGCAUUCCCCGUGGGUAGUCUCAUUUACUCCCAGCUACUGCCCUGCCCCAUGGGUGCCAGUCACCAUGGCUGCUGCCUUCAUGCUCAUGACAGACCCCAGCAUGGCUGUCUCCAUCCUCAUGACAGACCCCACCAUGGCUGUCUCCAUCCUCAUGACAGACCCCAGCACGGCUGUCUCCGUCCUCAUGACAGACCCCACCACGGCUGUCUUCAUCCUUCACUAA